AUGGUUCAGGUUACCUUUAAUGUCAUACUGGCACCUCCUCGAGGGGUAGAUUUUGUGUUGCUUGUUCUUGGUGAGUGUGUGGAAUUGCUUGGGUUUAGAUUUGGUGGUGAUGCGUUGUAUGAGGAGAGACAUAUAACACGAGCUUUGAAUGUGUCUAUAAUGAAGUUUGGUUUGCAAUUGGCUACAGAGGACAAUGGUGGUGGGAAGGAGGAUGGGAGUGACGAUUCUUCAGAGGACAAUUUUGGUGGGCAGGAAGAACGACGGGUACGUGAUGACAUUACGGUACAGCGUCGGUUCUUUGAUAAGCAUGGUAUAGCUCUUUAUCCUGAUUCGCAAGGUUUGAAUGUGGCUAAUUUGUGGUCUUCUCCGGAGCCAUUGAAUAUAGUUUCUCUCGGACCUGGACGCCAGUUCCAGUUUACCUAUGCUGUCUGGGAUCUACGCAAAAAAGAAUUAAUGAGUACUGAGCGCUUCCCCGAGCCGCGUCAGUUCAUCAUACCACCACUACCUGAUGCCUCUCUAAUUUAUGACAUCAUGUCAGGCAAUUACAAAAGCCAUCAAAACGAACGUGUGUGCAAACGCUUUAUUCCUGCCCCACAACACACCUACCAUCCUUACGAAGAUAGCGAUGAUGAAAUCGUCAUCAGACCCACCGCUCGAUUCCAGAUGAACUCUGCUCAUAUUAGAAAAAAUCACAAGUACGUCGACUCUGACGACGAAGACCAAGAUGACGAGUUCUAG